CUUUCCUUCGAAAUGAGAUGUGUGGGUUGUAUAAUUAUUGUAAGGAUGAGUAAUGUCAGUUCCAGUGAUUAGUGUUUAUUUCGUUCAUAUUUUUAUUAUUUUUAUUUACUGGGUGUUUUGACUAUAUUAGUUUAUUCGAUUUUUCGUUAUUCAUGUUCAUGAAAUUCAGGUCGAACUAGUUACCAACUUUGUGAUCCUCUUUUCAUUUUGUUUUGAAAACAUGCCCCUAACUAAGGCUGGAGAUAAUAUAAAUUUUCAAGGAAAGUACUAUUUCAAAGAAACUUACUUGAAUGAAUAUGAUGCCUUUGCCAAAUACUACAAUGCUAUAAGCAAAAAUGGAUGUAUCAACAAAAUACUCAGAGAUAUUGAGGUGAUGAAUGAUUAUUGUGAACUGUUCAAAGAUGUAAUGAAUAAUGAAAUCCCCAAUGAAGAACUUAACUCAUAUUUUGAACCUAUUCCUCUCAAAAAACAGAGCAAGGAUAUCCUUUAUUGUUCCAAUCUCUUGGGGCUAGAAAAUUCUAUUGAGAGAGGAAAACAUUUCAUUGCUAAAGAAGAGAUUCCAAGGGAUACAGUUAUUAUAAAUGAAUGCCCAACAGUACUACAAGUUAGGCCACUAUGUACAUGUGUGGGAGAUAAGGAUUCAUCUCUCUAUAGAUGCCAUAACUGUGGAAUAACUUGCAAACUUUUUUAUACAUGUAGGGGCUGUAAUGUUUGUAUAUUCUGUUCAAGAACAUGCCUCAGUAUGGCUUACAAAAACUAUCAUAGAUAUGAAUGUUAUGGGCUUCAGAGACAUUUCUGGUCAAUGGAAGAUACAGACUACAGCUAUAUGGCAUUCAGAUUGAUGUUGUAUGGUGCAAGCAAACACUUUGUGACUGAUAUUAAAGAUGAAAUGAAAUAUGGGAACCCAGAGAAUAAUUACCCAUUCAUUUAUUCCCUUGAGACAAAUUUCAAUCAAUUGUCUUCAGCCCAAAUCAACAAAAUAUUAUAUGGUGCAACAAGAAAUUUGUUGUAUUUAAUUCUGAAGACAACUUUUUUUGAUCAAUUCCAAUCUAAAAGUGACAUGGACAAAAUACAUUUAUAUAUUGGUGGACUGAUGGUGAAACAUUUUUGCCAUGCUCAAAUGAAUAAUGUUAUAAUAAAGUAUCCAAACUUUGCAAAAAGUUGGGGUCUGGAUGUAGUUAGUGGAACAGGAAAGGCUAUAUGCCCUACUAUAGCUUGCAUUAACCAUGCUUGUUCUCCAAACUGUGUUAUUGUUGUUUGCUCUAAUUAUCUAUUGGUAAAAAGUCUGAAAACUAUUGAACGUGGUGAAGAAAUCACAGUUUGUUAUGCUGAAGUGAAUGCAUUGUUGACUGUGGCUGAACGACAUUUAAUAACACAAGAAAUUCUUCUAUUUACCUGCUACUGUUCAUUUUGUGAAUAUGAGAGGAAGUUGAAUAAUGCACCUUACAAGUGUUUAUUGUGCUUCGGAGGAAAUGCCCGAAAAAUUGAAGAUGAUCAAGGAAAAAUUACUGCACAUUGUUUAGACUGUGAUGAACAUUAUUCCAUGGACAUAAUCUUGAAACACCUGAAAACUGCUACCGUCUGUCGAAGUCUUUAUGAUGUGACCUAUUCAAUAGAUCAUCUCACUAGGCUAGCAGAAUGUUAUAGCAACAUAUUUCCUUAUAAAUCUUUACAAAUGUUGGACGUUUACAAACUUUUGUAUGACAAGCAUAAUGUAUGGGGAGAAAAACCAUUGGAGGUUCUCAAGUAUGGACUCUUAUUGGCCAACAUAAUAGAAAAUUGUGUUCCAAGGCUAUACAUUCCCUUACUACUAUCCAAAGUAAAGUUCAUGUUUUCUUUUGUGGAAAUGAAGAAGUUCAAGCAAAUAAAAAGAGUCACCCCUGAGGAAUAUGAAAUUAUAAAAAUAUUUGUCAAUGAGGUGGUGAAGGUGAAAAGGGAUCUCUUAUUUUAUCUACCAUUCCAUAGAAUCGUUUCAUAUGAUCAUCUACUGAAGGAAGUCCAUCAUUUGUUCCAAAAAUGUACUCCUGCAGAAAAAAAGGAAAAGAGAACCAAGAAGAAAGUGAAUAGAGUUUAAGGACAUUUUUUUUAUACGGUUACAAUAUUUUCGUGUUUGUGUUAUUUGUUUUUAUAGUUUUAAAUGGGUUUGUUUUGUGGCCUAUUGAAAUCAUUUUUGGAAGUCUCGUAGGUAUAUAAGUGUUUGUUUUUUUUGUUCUUAUAGUUUUAAAUCGGUUUGUUUUGUGGCCUAUUAAAACCAUUUUUGAAAGUUUUGUAGGUA